CGACUACAAGUCCCACAGUGAGUGCGGGACGAGUCGUUUCACCGCCUGACUGUACAACACAAGAACAGAGGUGACCCUUCCUUCCGUCUAGUCCGACUCUGAGCAGGGAGAACAGGAACCGCAGACCUAAAGCACCUCCAUCCGCUAGCAGAAAUGGCUGAACCAAUCCGUGUUGUGGUAACCGGCGCCGCUGGCCAGAUUGCCUACUCCCUGCUGUACAGCAUCGCCAAGGGAGAUGUGUUCGGGAAGGACCAGCCAAUCAUCCUGGUCCUGCUGGACAUCCCCCCCAUGCUGCCGGUGCUGGACGGAGUUGUCAUGGAGCUGCAGGACUGCGCCCUCCCUUUGCUGAGGGAGGUGAUCCCCACUGACAAGGUAGAGGUGGGCUUCAAGGACAUCGACGCCGCCAUCUUGGUGGGCUCCAUGCCCAGGAAGGAGGGGAUGGAGAGGAAGGACCUGCUGAAGGCCAACGUGGCCAUCUUCAAGACCCAGGGAUCCGCCCUGGACAAGUACGCCAAGAAGACCGUGAAGGUUCUGGUGGUUGGAAACCCGGCAAACACCAACUGCCUGAUCGCCUCCAAGUCUGCUCCUUCCAUCCCCAAAGAGAACUUCUCCUGCCUGACCCGACUGGACCACAACAGAGCCAGCUCCCAGGUGGCGAUGCGUUGCGGCGUGUCCUCCGACAAAGUGAAGAACGUCAUCAUCUGGGGGAACCACUCCUCCACCCAGUACCCCGACGUCCACCACGCCAAGGUCAACCUCCACGGCACCGAGACGCCCGCCUACGACGCCGUCAAGGACGAAACCUGGCUCAGAGGAGACUUCAUCUCUACGGUGCAACAGCGCGGUGCAGCCGUCAUCAAAGCCAGGAAGCUGUCCAGUGCCAUGUCUGCUGCCAAGGCCAUCUGCGACCACAUGAGGGACAUCUGGUUCGGCACCAAGGAGGGUGAGUUCAUCUCCAUGGGCGUGUACGCUGGCGGAAACUCCUACGGCAUCCCAGAGGACCUCAUCUACUCCUUCCCCAUCCAGAUCAAGGAUAAGUCCUGGAAAAUUGUUAACGGACUCCCCAUCAAUGACUUCUCCCGCGCCAAGAUGGACGCCACAGCGGCUGAGCUGGUGGAGGAGCGAGACACCGCCCUGGAUUUCCUGUCCCAGUGACUAUCUCCCCCUGCUGGCCAGCAGCAGCAGCAACCCUUAGAUCACUGCUCGCGGCUCUGAAGACAGAACCUUCCACUCUUAUUAACCGUCCCGUCUGCCUCUGUGUGUCACCUGUGUGAGUGGGAGUGUGUAUGUGUGUCACACGGCCACUUCUUCAGGUUUUCAGAAAACCUGUUUAAUGAUCACAACCUGGCCUGCAACACACGCUGAGAAUGUCUCUGUUGGUAGAUAACUCACUAGCUGUUCAGAAACUGUAAUGAAACCAAUAAAACAACAACAAACCUGAAA